CGGCAGAUAGUGUGACGGUCCGGAUAGCGCAGAAGAAAGCCAGGCUGGAGCUAACCUGGGAAGUCAGGAGUCUGCCUGAGUCAACGCAGAGCAACGCCAUUUCAAUACUAUCUAAGGGAACUCAAUUUGAAGCUACAUAAUGGCGGUGGAUAUCUACGACUCUCAGUAUCUGCUCAUCCUGGCCCCUUCCCUGGUCAUCGCCCUCAUGUUCCUCUUCUUCUGGCUCUUCAUGAAAGAAACCUCCUAUGAUGAGGUGCUGGCCCGACAGAAACGCGACCUCAAGCUACCGCCGUCCAAGCCAGACACCCGUAAGAAAAAUGACAAAAAGAAGAGCAAGAAGAAGGAGAGUGCUAGCGGAGGAGGUGGUGGUGGCGGCGGCGGAGGUGGAGGAGAGUCUGAAGAGGACAUGAGGGACUUUGAUUUAGCCGAUGGUGCCAACAGUUCCGCUUUGGAGAUUGAGGAGGAACCCGAACCAGUGGCUUCACCAGCUCCUGCUCCACCAACACCAACUCCCUAUGUGCCUGUUUCAGUGUCAACGGAGGCUCCUGCUGGUCUGAGGGAGAGAAAGAAGAAGGAGAAGAAGGCAGCCAAGGCUGCUGCUGCUGCCGCCGCCGCCGCAGCAGCUGCAGCUGCAGCUCCAGCUCCAACUUCCCCUUCUGAGGAGCCAGAAGUGAACGGUUCAAAGCCAGUCAGCCGUAAGACAGAAGUCCCUCUAGCUGCUACCAAACAGUCCAGCCCACCCUCUCCCCAGCUUGAAGUCCAGAUCCAGGUCCAGGCUGCCUCGGCUCCUGCUCAAGCUCAGACACCUCCCCAGAUCUCUGGGAAGAGAAACAAGAAGAAACAAAAAACUGAGCCCAUGGAUGACCAGCAGCCAGAGGUUAAAGCAGAGCAAGCUCCAGCACCAGUCAAGAAGGAAGCUCCUAUUGGGGCUGAAACCAAAGUUCUGGAUGGUGCAGCUCCAAGUGCUACCAGCGGCAAGAAGAAGAACCAUGCCAAGAAGCAGAAGACCGAGCCUGUAGAUGAAUCCCAUGUUAUGGCUGACUCAGCAGCUUCUGCCAACCACCAGGCAGCCAAUAAUGAUGAUAUACCAUCCAAAGGGAGUGGAAAGAAACAGAAGAAUGAGACGGACAAAGAGAACACAGAGGUGAAGCUGAAGGAGCUCCUGUCUGGUCUGUCCAGCCUGGCUCUGUCAGAGGCAGAGGCUGUCAGUGUGAUUGCUCUCCUCCGAGAGAAGAGCCCUAGUGCCUUGGAUGCUUGGCACAAAUCUGCAGCCAGACCAGACCCAGCUGCCCAGGAACGAGAGCGACUCCUAGUAACUCUGCAAGAGGAGGCCUCUAUUGCCAAGGACAAAGUGAAACAGCUUGGCCAGGAGCUUCAGGUUGAAAAGCAAAAGACUGGCCGGGUGGAAGCUGUGAUGAGAGAGCAAGUUGCAGCCAUGGAGAAAGAAAUGGGAAGCAUGCAAGCCAAUGCAAAAGGCAGCUACCAGGAGCUCCAGGGCAUGCAGAUAAAGUUCCAGCAGGUGAGGGAGCAGCUGGAGAGCCAGAUCACUCGACUGCAGCAGGAGAACGGCAUCCUGAGGGACGCAGUCAGCUCUGCCACCAACCAGAUGGAAAGCAAGAAUUCAGCAGAGCUGAACAAGCUGCGUUCAGAGUACGCCGGUCUGAUGAAAGAGCUGGCAGACAACAACAGCAAGCUGCAGCAGGAGGAGCACCAGAGGAAGUCGCUGGAGGUCAGCUACAAACAGAACGUGUCCCAGCUGGAGGCCCAACUACAAGAUGCUAAGCGACGCUGGGAAGAACUGCAAAACUUCCUCCACAACGUCAAUGCGGAGAGAGAGAAACUUCAGGCCUCUAAGCAAGAGAUCCACAGCCAGCUGCUGGCAGCGGAGACAGAGAUGAACAACAAGAACAAGGAGAUCCAGAACCUACAUAACAGCCUGACUGAAGCCAUGGUCUCCAAGGAGCGGCUUGAGCAAAGAGUGAUGGAGCUUCUGGAGGCGUCCCAGCACAGUAUGCCUGAUGACUCUCUGCAAGCCCGGGCUCAGGAACUUAUGAAUGAAAACACAGGUCUUCAGGUCCAGAAUGAGACACUGCAAGUCCAGAAUGAAAGCCUACAGGUCCAGAUCUCCUCACAGGUCACCCAUGUCUCUCACAUUGAGGAGCUACAAAAGCUGCUGGCUGAGAAAGAGUUGCAGAGGAAGAGUCUGGAGGAUUCUCUGAAUGCUGAGAGGAGUAGUGGGGCCACUAGAGAAACUAACAUGCAGGCCUUGCACAAUGAGAACAUGUCGCUGAAGGCAGAGAUUCAGAAUCUGCAGGCACAGAUUUCUGAUCAGACUGCCUCCCAGCUUGCUUUGGACCAGAUCCAGAAGAGUGUCCAGGAGAAAGAGGAGAACAUGAAAACCAUAGAGGGCCUGCUGGAGAAGGGGCUGAUUGAGGUGGCCAACAAAGAGGAGAAGCUCAAGGCUGUAAGAGAAGAGAACGUGACACUGAAGCAAGAAAUGGAGACCAUGAAUAUAAAGAUGGCAGAACAGACAUCAUCAGAGUCAAUAGUGGAAGAACUCCAGAGCAAGAUCCAAGAGAACGAUGUGACGCUAAAAUCAAUGGGGGAGAGUCUACAGGCAGCACAAGACAUCAGCACUUCCAGAGAGAAGACAGUUGAGGCUCUGGAGCAGCAGUUGGCCGCCCUGCAGGUAGAGAUGGAGCAGCUGAGACAGAAGGAGAUGAAAGAAGAGCUGACCAGUUCUGGUACCCAGCUCCAAGACCUCCAGGCUCAGGUAGCGGCGAAGGACCAGGAGAUCCAGAUGCUGCAGGCUCAGUUGGAGGCAAAGACAAAGGAGCUGAGUGAGAAAAUGGAGCAGGUACUUCAACAGUCCCACACAGCAGUGCCAAGCCCAGAACUUCUUACAGCGUUGUCAGAGAAAGAGAAGCAGGUCUCAGAUCUGCAGGGUGAGCUGGCAGAGCUGAGGGACUCCAUGGAGCUUCAUAGGAAGAAGAACAACGAGCUUCGGGAGAAAAACUGGAGUGCAAUGGACGCUCUGUCAGCCACCGAGUCCAUGCUUCAAGGGAAACUCAGCAAAGCCGUCAAGGAGAACCAGGUGGCACUGGCAUCGUAUCAGGCUGAGUGUCGAGAUGUUCUGCACAGACUUCUGCCCCAUGUGCCUCUGCCCAAUGAGCAGAACCAUCAGGAGUGGCUCCACAGUUUUGAGAGAGCAGUAGCUGAAAGCUCAGCUGCACAAUCCACCCCUGUAUCAGGGGACUCAGUGGGACUGGCUGAGAAGCUGAAGGAAGCAGAGGAAACCCAAAGGAUUCUACAAAAAGACUGUGAGACAUACAAGAAGGUUUUGGCAGAGACGGAGGGCAUCCUGCAGCGCCUCCAGAACAGCGUGGAGCAGGAAGAGUCUCGCUGGAGGGUGAAGGUGGAGCUAUCGCAGGGAGAGCUGAAAGAGAUGAGCCAGAAAGUCACAGCUCUGGAGCAAGAGGUUGAGAGACUAACUGAUGGAGCAGAGUUGGAAAAUCUGAGAAGAGAAAAGCAGCACUUGGAGUCUGAGUUGGAGAGAGCGGAGCGUGAGAGUGCCACCUAUGUGACGGAGGUCAGAGAGCUCAAAGAUCUGUUGACUGAAUUGCAGACCAGACUUGAUGGCUCAUAUACAGAGGCUAUCAGACAGAAUGAGGAGCUGAAUUUGCUGAAAACCCAGCUCACUGUGACUCUGUCCAAGUUGGAGACAGAAGAGAAUGAGAGGCAAAGGGUGGCUGGUGACCUGUAUAAGGCCCAGCAGUCUCUUGAUCUGAUCCAGGGAGAGCUCUCACAAGUGAUCGACAACGCAGAUGACCUGAUAGAGAAUAGCAGUCUGUCGUCACAGAGAGAGGAGAUUGACAGAAAGGAGAAGAUGACUGCAGGACUAAACCAAACAGUCAGAGAACUACAGCAGCUGCUACAAGGUGUCAGCCGGCAACUCACCAAGGGACAGGAGGGGGAGGCUGACAAAGAUCUGCCCAAGGUAUAGUGAGAGGAGGACAGGCGCCCACGCAGCCACUCGGACUGCACUACAAAGACCACCCUUGACCUUCGGUCUCUUCACUACCACCAUCACACCAUACUGUCACACCCAGCCACUUCCCUUCCAGUCUCUGUCACCUCACCUGUGCCAUAGGCAGCCUCAAACUGACUCUAGCCAAGGCCCCGGCCAACCACUCCCAGACUCACUGUUGGCCACAAGGGAGCAGGCAGAGGUUACUGUUAAUUCUAAAACACUCCAGACACUGUACCAAAAGAAACACUUCUCCACCCCCACCACAUUCCUCUUCUUCAGCUGCAUCACCAGUUAAUUUUUAUUAUAAUCUUAAAUGACAUUCAGCAUAAUUCAAACUGCGUGGCAACCAUUCCUCUGUUUAGAACACCUGUAUUUUUCAAUGAAAUCCUUUUGAAUACUGCAGUAGUUUUUGUUGUUUCUUGUCUCAAGAGGGCAGUGAUACAAAUUUCCAACUCAACUAAAUAAACUUUUGGGUUUUCAAUCCUUCUUUUUUCUUAACUUAAAAAAUAUGUAUUGUUUAAAUGUACCAGUUAGGUCCUGCUGAAAUACACCAUGUUGUUGAUCUGUUUGCCUCCCAACCAGAAAACUAUCACAUCCUGUGUAUCAUCGUGCAUUCAUGAAUACAUAACUCCAUGCAUACUUUGGCUCAGUAUUGGGUGGGAGAAGGGAGAUCAGAAGGGGUCUCAUCAUAUCAGAUGGGUCACUACGUGACUGUAACUAUGGGGAUGCGUGGACAUAUUGUACCUAAGUCUGUACUGCAGCUCCAAAGAGAAGGGAGUCUGUGACCCUGGCUGUGGAAGGAGAGGGCCAGGUCAGCAGUGUAAAGGUUUUUAAUCCUACUGCAACUACUCUAGGAGUAAGUGUACCAUAUCAUCUGUAAUCAACACUUGCUAUAAUGUUGCUAAGUUCAUUAACACUGAAGAUUUUGUUCUUUUUGUAACAGGUGAUGUUAAUAAAAGGGAUGCUUGAUAAAUCUG